AUGGACGACCCGCUCACCGAGGGGCCCGACCUGCAGGCGGCGUCGUCGACGGUCGUCGGGCGCGCGCAGGGCAUGUACGUCUGCGCCGGGAAGGACAGCCUGUCGCUGCUCAUGGCCAUGACCUUCGUGUUCCUGGACGGCAGCGCCUACAACGGCAGCAGCGUCGCCGUCGUCGGGCCCAACCAGGCGGCCGUGGCCGUCAGGGAGAUGGCCGUGGUCGGCAGGACCGGCGCGUUACGCUUCGCGCGCGGCUACUGCCAGGCCCGGACCUACUCGUUCGACGCCAAGACCGGCGAUGCAACCGUCGAGUACAACGCCUACCUCCGGCACAACUAG